AUGACUCCCGAUGAGAUCAAAACCCUCGAGGAAGCGCUCCAGAAGCGUGAGAAGGCUAUCGCCGACCGUGAGGCCGAGCUUGAUCGCCUCGCCACCACCGAUGGCAAAACCGCCGAUGCCGCCGGUUCCCCAGCCAAACCCACCGAAACCACUCUCCCCUCACCCUCCACCUUCGUUCACUCCAUCAAAACCUACGUGCCCAUCACCCUAGAUCUCCAGUCCUCCAACCAUGCUCAAUGGCGCGAACUCUUUCUCGUUGCCCUAGGCCGCUACGGCCUCACCGCCCACGUCACCGGCGACGACACCCCCUCCGACACCUCUCCCACAUCUGCAUGGGGGCGCGACGACUUCACCGUCCUCAACUGGAUCUACGGCUCCAUCUCCCCUGAGCUGUUCAGCAUCAUCAUGGCCCCCGGCUCCUCCGCGCGCCAAAUUUGGCUCUCCAUCGACAACCUCUUCCGCGACAACAAGAGAAGCCGCGCCCUCGCCCUCGACGCCGAGUUCCGCAACACUCCGCAGGGCGACAUGAGCGUGCACGACUACUGCGCCAAGCUCAAGUCCUUGGCCGAUGCGCUGGGCGAUGUCGACCAGCCAAUCUCCGACGAGACUCUCGUCCUCACGGUUCUUCGCGGGCUUAACGACCAAUUUCGCCACCUGCGUUCGUUUCUUCCGUUUCAGGUCCCCUUCCCGAGCUUCCUCCAGACGCGCUCGGCUCUCACCCUCGAAGAACGCCAACACAAGACGGACGCCACCAACGCCGCCGCCACAGCACUCUGGGCAAGCGGCAACAGCACCCUCCAUGAGCGUCCUCCCGCACCAGGGGGUGCAAUCUUCGGGGGCACGCCUUCCGGGGGCGCCUCCUCUGGCGGGGGCCGCGGCUCUGGCGGCUUCAGCGACUCCCGCAGCUUCGGCGACUCCCGCGCUCUCGGCGCCCCGAUCGGCUACGCCAACAACCAAGGCGGCCGCGGGUCCUUCUCCGCCCACCGUGGUCGUGGCCGUGGCGGACGCGGCCGUGGCCGCAGUGAUCCUUGGAUGUUCAAUCCCUGGACCGGCCAGCCAACACGUGCCCAGCUUCAUCAACAACCCGCUACACUGCCAUGGCAGCCUCGCGCGCCGUGGCGCUCCCCUGGAGUUCUUGGUCCUCGACCGGGUGCUGCUCCUCAAGCCUACACCGCGCUCGGCACCGGACAACCUCAGCAUGGCUACGCUCCACCGACACCGCUUUCUGCCUACCCUGGACAGCCGCAGCCCCAAGUUGAUCCAGCUCUGUUGAGUGCGCUGAAUAAUCUGCACCUUCCCGGAAAUCAGGAGUGGUUCAUGGAUACUGGAGCCUCAUCCCACAUGGCAUCGGAUCAUGGUUCUUCCUUCCAGGACCGUGAUCCUUCGAUGCAAUAG